CAAUACGAGAUUGAAGGUUAUCCUACCAUCAUGUUCUUUGAUGGCAGCGGAAACCAACCAGAGAAGUAUCGAACGAUGCGGGAUUUAGACAGCUUGACGGAGUUCUUGGAAGACAAAACAGGCAUCAGAGUCGCUGAUGGAGCUCAUAUUCCCAAGCCGAGUGGCGUUCCACCACCUAUCAAUAUGAGCUCCAAGCCAUCUAUCUCCCAAGUUCGUGCUAUUCAAGCUCGGCCAGCACCUAUGGCAGCACCACCUUCUGGCUGUUUACUCUGCAGAGAUUUCUCGGGUCCGGAUGGUGUUGCUGCUCAAUACCCGAGGCAGUCCUUACCACGAGGUCCCGACAUGACUGGUUAUCUCGCGGAUGUCCUAUGCAGUCCUUUCUCCUCUGCAACUGACAAAGCUCGUGCUAUCUUCACCUGGUUACAUCACAACAUCGCGUACGAUACAGUUGCAUUCUUUGGAAAGAAUGUGAAGCAUGUCGAUCCAAAGGACACCAUCACUUCAGGUCUUGCUGUUUGUGCUGGAUAUGCUGGGCUAUUCUCCGCUAUCGCUCUCAAAGCAGGCCUGGAAGCUGUGAUGGUUACCGGCCACGGGAAAGGUUAUGGAUACACCGCACUCAAACCCGGGGAACCCGUCCCACCUGCCAAUCCGUCAGGUCAUGCUUGGAACGCUGUCCGUAUUGAUGGAGGUGAAUGGAAACUUCUUGAUGCGUGCUGGGGAGCUGGUAAUGUCGGCAACCAAGUUUAUAACAAACAUUUCACGCCCAGCUACUUCACGAUGUCAAAUGAUCAAUUCGGCCUCAAGCACUUCCCACAAGACGAUAAGUACUUCUUCCACAGUGAUGGACAGAUCCCGACAUGGGAAGAAUACUAUCUCGGCCCCACUCCAGCAGAACCUCUCCAACUCUUCGGCUCAGUAGAAGAUCAUGGCCUCUCUGCAACAUCGUUCACUCCCCAACAAAAGCAAAUCCCGGUAAACUCAAACGAAGUAAUCCGUUUCCAAUUCAGCAAAGUCUGCGAACACUGGGACCACGAGAAAAACGGUAAGGGGAAACCAUACUGUCUCAUUAUCAAGAUCUGGGGUCUGGACGGCAGGAAAGAAGAUUUUGUCGCCAUGGAAAAUAACGACUUUUGGUGGUGGGCAGAUAUCUCUGCUAGAGAUCUGGGUGCUCCUGGGCAAACGGUCAUUUGCUACGCGGUUACGACUGUCAAUGGGAAAGAUGCGAGAGGGAUGUCUAGGGGAGAGUAUUUGCACAAGAAAGGGAAGUGCGGCAUGGGCUUUGGCGGCGUUAGUGCUUGGGAUCUG